AUGACGUCGGGCUCUGAAGCUACAGAUACGGCUUGCAAGUUGGCGCGUGGAUGGGGAGUCGACAUCAAGAAAAUCGACCCUAGGAAGAUUCUUGUCCUCGGAACGUCAGACAACUACCACGGUACGCUUUCUGGAGUGUGGCCUCUCAUGGAGCCGGAGGCCGGCUGGGAAGAAUUCGCGACAUUCGGCAAAAGUAUGACCAACAUCAACCCUCAAACAGGAAAGGUUCUUCGCUACCUUCAUGUCGAAGACUAUGCAGAGAUAUUUGAGCAGAUGCAUGAGCGUAUCGCUGCCAUCAUCAUGGAGCCACUUCAUGGACUUGCCAGGCGAGUUAUCUUCCCAAUGCCGCAUCUAACAUUGCGACACAAUCGAACAAUUUACUAA